AUGUCACCACAUGAAGAAUCUAUUAAUAAUUUAGAAAAAAAUGACAACAGCAAUGUCGAUUAUAAUAUAACAAAUCCAAUUGAUAAUAAUAAUUCAUUUAUUAAUAAAAAUAUUAUAUCAAAAAUGAGGUUUAAAAAAUUAGUUGUAGAAGAGAGACCGAACGCACCAAAAGAAAUUGUUUUACACGCGAUAUUUGGUGGCUUAAGAUCUUGUGUAAUGGCUUAUGGUAUUCGUGGUGGUGUAAAUUUUCUACUUAAUUUAUUAACUGUAUUUAGAAAAAGGAAAGGGACAAUUUAUCGAGCAUUUAUACAUGGAUUCUUUGGAAAAGAUGCAAUUAGAUUUGCUGUGGGAUUUGGAGGGUUUUCAUUUUUAUGGAAAUUUAUAAACAACGGACUACGUUAUAUGCGUAAUAAAGAUGAUAAAUGGAAUUCUUUUAUUGCUGGUUCAAUUGCUGGUAUUUCACUUUUAGCUGAGAAACGUGAACGAAGAGUAGCAAUUUCACAACAAUUAUUUGUUCGUGCACUUCAAGCAUUAUUUAAUGCUGGUCAUGCUAGAAAAUAUUUUAGAUUUCCACAUGGCGUUUCCUUAUUAUUCAUCAUUACCACUGGACAAGUUUUAUAUGCUUACACGAUGCAACCGAAUACAAUACCAUCAGAUUUUUUUCAAUGGAUGGUAAAAAUGGCACGUGUUCCUAAAGAAACAUUGGAUUUAAAUCUGAAAUUAACUCGUGGUAACAGCUCCUUAGAGUUGAGUAAUAUGACAAAAAUACUUAAUAAAUAUAAGGGAACUAGACAUGCUUACAAAGUUGUUUCAAAUUUGCCACCAAAUCCUGUUACAUUUAAUUCAUGUACUUAUACAACAACCGAAAGAUUUUAUCAAGUGUUUAAAACAAUUGUUCCAGUUUAUGCAACUUUAAAUUUCGUGCCAAUGAUUGCAUUGAAAUUCGCACAAUUUAUGAAAGAUCCAAAAUCUCUUAUUAAAAAAGGGACUGCAAAUACUGUAAGAUCAAGUGUAUUUUUAGCAACAUUUAUUGCCAGCUAUCAAUCACAGAUGUGUCUACAUCGUAACCUUGUAAAGAGUUUCGGUCUAAAUUGGAACUCAAAAUAUUUGUAUUGGUUGGCUGGUAUAUUUUCGUCUGCAGCCAUCUUCAUUGAGCAUAAAAGUAGACGAACAGAUUUGGCUUUAUAUGUUUUACCUAAAGCUGCUGAAUCUUGGUAUAAAAUUAUGUAUCAAAAAAAUUGGAUUUUUGAAUUAAAUCGAACUGCUGAUAUUUGGUUUUUCUCCACCGCUAUGGGAGUUAUUAUGACAUUUUAUCAACAUGAACCUGAAGUAUUAAGUCCAAUGUUAAAGAAAAUUUUAUUUCAUUUUUUUGGUGAAAAUUAA